AUUGGGUCGCCCUGACGGAGGCCCUUUGCGUGUCUGAACUUUCUUGCGGGGUUUCCAUUAAGUAGUACUCUUGACGAAGAAGAGGACAGGGAGAGACAGAUCCAGUCCCGCCCCCCUACGUCGGCUUCCUCUGCUCGUGCUCCUCGCGACGGCGCUGCGGCGGCGUGCCACCGCACAAUGACCUCUCCGUUAUCCCCUCCCGGUCCGGCUGACCGCCGCCGCAGGCACACGAUCUACCAUGGCCACCGCCGCGCGUCCCCGUACCGCCACACCGUCCAUGGCGGUCUCAUCACCCACCUCCGCGCCACCUCUCCUGGACCCCGCUCCUCCCCCUCCCCUUGGCCCGCCGCAACCACCGCCCCUUUCCACCUCCCUGACUGGGACCCCUCCUCCCCAUCUCACUCCCCUCGCUCGUCGCCGACUCCGUCGCAUUCCACAUCUGCCUCUUCCCGCCGUCUCUCCCCGCUCGCGCGAUUCUUACUCGACGCCCUCCGCCGACACCGGCGCUGGGGCCCUCCCGUCGUCGCUGACCUGUCCAAGCUCCGCCGCGUACCACCCACCCUCGUGGUUGAGGUCCUCAGCGCGCACCCGCCACCACCUCCCCCGUUCGCCCUCCCCUUCUUCCACUGGGCCGGCCGCCAGAAGGGCUUCCGACACUGCUUCCCUGCGUUCCACGCUCUCGCCUCCCUCCUCUCCGCUGCAGGCCUCCCUGCUGCCGCCGAUCAGCUUCCCGACCUCAUUCGCUCCCACGGCAAGCCCGUCUCUCACCCUCAGCUCACACUCCUCGUCCGGCUUCACACCGCUGCACGCCGCCCCCUCCGUGCGCUCUACACGCUCCGCCGGUUUCGACAUGAGUUCUCUGUUCAGCCGCAGGUCCACGUCUGCAACCGUGUCCUCGGCGCUUUGACUGCGGCAGGCCAUGUUGAGGAUGCGCUCAAGCUGUUCGAUGAAAUGGCAGAAAGUGGCAUCAGGCCUAUGCCGGUCACAUUUGCAAUCAUCGUGCAUGCGCUGGGCCAGGAAGGGAUGGCGGAGAGGAUCCUAGAGAUGAUUGGGAGGAUGCGUGAUGAGGUGUGCCGGCCGGACGUGUUUGUGUACACCGCUCUGGUCAAGACGAUGGUGCGCAGGGGGCACAUGGAGGGUUGCAUCAGAGUGUGGGAGGAGAUGGGGAGAGAUGGUGUGGAGCCAGACACAGUGGCAUAUGCUACAAUGGUUGAGGGGCUAUGCAACGCUGGGAUUGUAGAGAAAGCAGCUAAAUUGUUUGAGGGGAUGAGGAAAAAGGGGUUGUUGGUUGACAGGAUCGUGUAUGCAUCACUCGUCCAUGCCUAUGUUGCUGCUGGGAGGGUUGGGGAUGGCUGUAGGAUUUUGAAGGAGAUGGUGGAUGCUGGCUACCGCGCUGACCUCAAAACAUACAACAUACUCAUUGCCGGUCUGUGUGGUAUAGGUCGGGAGGAUAAGGCACAUAACAUGUUUCAGAUUGUCCUUCAGGAGGAGCUAAUGCCAAGCUCUGAGACUGUUUCACAGUUACUAGUUUGCUAUGCUGAUAAGGGUGAGAUGGUUAACUUUUUUGGAUUGGUUGACAAAUUGGUUGAGCUGAGCUUGCCUGCUGUAGAAUUUUUAGGGCACUUCUUGAGGCUCUUUGCAUGCAAGGAUGGUAGGGAAUUGAAGACUCUGGAAUUGUUUAAGACUUUGAGACAAAAAGGGUAUUUCAGUGUUAACAUUUACAACAUUCUUAUUGAGAAUCUGCUCAAGAUCAAGGAGAGGAAGAAAGCAUUAUUACUGUUUGAGGAAAUGAAAGCUUCAGAUGACUGCGAGCCAGAAUCAUGUACAUAUAGUCUUAUGAUUCCGUGUUUUGUGGAUGAAGGAAAUAUUGAAGAGGCUUGCUCAUGCUACAACUCCAUGAUGAAGGCUGAAUGGAUACCAAGUCUUUCAGCCUAUCGUUCCCUCGUGAAAGGGCUAUGCAAGAUUGGAGAGAUAAAUGCAGCUGUUUCACUUGUAUCAGAUUGUCUUGGAAAUGUAGAGAAUGGGCCAAUGGAAUUCAAGUACACCUUAACUGUUAUUGAAGCUUGCCGGUCAAAAGACCCGGAGAAGGUCAUGAAAGUGGUGGUUGAGAUGAUUGAGUUAGGUUAUUUAAUAGACGAACUUAUCUUCUCUGCUGUCAUCUAUGGAUUCUGCAAGUACGCAACUUCAACUGGAGCUAGAGAGGUGUUCUCUGUUAUGAGAGAUAGGGAUAUUAUUUCGGAGGCUAAUUUUAUUGUUUACGAGGAUAUGCUGAACGAGCACCUGAAGAAGGUCACUGCAGACUUGGUGAUAUCUGGAUUGAAGUUCUUCAACCUUGAAUCAAAAUUGAAAUGGAGAAGCAGAAUUGAUUGAAAUAUAUUUGUACAGUUACUAGGGUAAAGAAGAUCAUUUACUAAGUGUACAUCUGAUCAAAUUUAUCGAUCUCUUCGCUGAACUAGUGCACCUAUACAGUUGAAUGCGGAAAAGAUAUAGGACGCAUUUAUCCGGCGAUCGUUCGUUGGGGGAGAGCUAUCAGCGAGCACCUCAAUUGCCAUGCUACAUUUUUUUUAAAUUGCCGUGUAUGUGUGAGGGACUUUCCAUGCACUAAAGGAAGGAAAUUUUGUCAUGUUAAGAAAAGAAUUGCCAAACUUGUCUGAGCUGAA